GUACGCAGACAUGCAGCCCGCCAAAUGGGGUUGGUGGAUCAAAGAAUGCGCAACUCCCAUCGUCGUUCUAGUCGGAAUUAUUGGAAACUGUUUAAGCUUUGCCGUAAUGAAAUCUCGAAAUCUUCGUAAAAAGUCGUAUAGCCAUUUUCUCUGUGCCCUAGCUGUGUUUGAUAGCCUGACUCUGAUUGGUCGACAGGUGACCUUGGUGGAUGAAUUGUAUAACUAUCUUGGCAUUGGACACAGAAGUGUGUUCUACCAUUUUAACGACGCUGCCUGCAAAACCUACAAUUUUAUGGAACACAUGUGUUAUUUGAUGUCAUCUUGGUUAAUCGUAUGUAUGGCAGCAGAGCGAGUAGUCGCAGUCUGUCGGCCAUUUAAGAAAAGCGUUCUGCGGACCCAGACCGGCGCCGUAGCUAUUAUCUUCUCACUGUUUGUGAUAUUAUCUUAUACCCAGGUAUUUCGGUUCAUAAUGAUAGGUAGUUACAUGAAUACCUGUCAAGCAAUGCAGUCUUUUAUCCAGCUGUAUGUGAAUUUACAUAUUUAUCUAUAUCAAUUUACUUUGAUUUUCAUUCUUCCAUUUCUUCUUGUUUUAAUCUUCAAUACCAUGGUUCUUUACCAGAUUUAUCGAGUGAGAAGAGAAGCUAGUAGCGAUUCGAGAUCUCGCGUGGUCGCGAGAACACACAAGACUACGUUUAUGCUGCUUGCAAUAUCAAUAAUAUACAUCAUUACUAUGCUCCCUCUUGUCAUCAUUUCAAUCUGCACUCACAUAGCGCUUCACAGCGGCAAGCCAAUCCUGGAGGUACAAAUGAUAUUGAUAUCUAUACAACCUUGGAACGAUCUUCUAUCUGUUGUUUCGUUUGUAAAUUAUGGAAUCAAUUUCUUCAUCUACGUUGUUUCCGGUCAGUCCUUCCGGUUCGAGCUUCGCCGGAUGAUUUUUUCAAAAGAAAGGCACAUUUCGACGAGUGGGACCCGGACAAGGGAAGAAGUCAUGAAACUGCAAUGACGUCAUGUGAUAAUGUCCUGGCCUGCCGCUACGUUAAUACAGAUUACUUCAGAAACAAAGGCGGGAACCGGAGCAGUCAUAUCCUCUGUAUGACCGACCAUUUAAAGGAUGAAAACACCGAACGCAACCAUUAUGUUUUAUUACGUGCGUUCUUUGUUUUUAAGAACCUGUCAAUUUUGGAUUAUUGACAUCAGUAACAUUCAAAUCUUAUCGGUUUAUUAUGAUAAAUUCGAUAAUCAUCAUUACGUGUGAAGACAGACGGAAUCAUUUCAUCGUGAACAAAAGACGUCCUGAUGAACCAGCUGUCAGUAUAAUAUGACCAUGUGGAGUGUCACGAUACCGUGUCUAGAUGUGACAUUUCAGUGUGAUGACACUAUAAAAAAAAUCCGUCAGUGGCCGCGUAAUUCACUGACACCGUCCGUAAAUGACCUUACUGUGUUAAUAGGACGUUAAACACUACAAAACAACUAAGCCAAAACUAUAUAUGAAAUUGAAAUUGAUGGAAGAUGUGAAGGGUUUGAGGAUGAAUAAUUACGGGAAUCAAAUGUUAAUUUAUAUCCCAAAUGAUUUUUAAGUGAAGUAUUUGUUAUCACCUUGAAAUUAUACAAAUCAUCAAACAGCUAGGAAAUUAAGUUUAAACUGUUUUAUCCUGGCCACUUGUGAUUGUGUUGUUUUCCCUAUAGACAAAGAGAAAUGUUUAAAACAGUUUUAAUAAUGUGAUAAAUUAGCAUCACGUAUUCACAUCCGUUUAUGUAAUGUUAACAUAAAACAAAUGUCUAUUAACUUAAAUAGUCUUAUCAAUUUUUAAAAGAAAGGAUUCUUAAAGUAAGAUUGGUGCUUUAUUCUCAAAGCACAUAUCACAUACUCCAUUUAUUGCAUAUAGCUAUAUAUAACUUAUUUCGUUUCAUAAGAGAGGACUACAGAAUUGAAAAGGAAAGUACCUAAAGUUUGAUUUGUGCUAAAUUCUCAAAGCAAGUAUUGCAUAAUCCAAAUAUAUCAUAUAGCUAUAUAUAGCUUAAUAUUUCUAGAGGAAAGGACUACAGAAUUAUGAUAAGUUUCUAAGUUAGAUCUGUGAUGUAUCAUCAUAUCACGUAUUGCAUGCUGUAUAUAUAUUCAAUCGAGUUAUAUCCAACUUCAUUUGUUCCAUAGGAACUGGUUUUAAGGAAAGAUUAUCAUAUCACAUAUUGCUUGCUGUAGAUACUCAACAGAGCUAUAGAUAACUAUCAUUCGAAAGGGAAGGAAAGUAGAAUGAACGGAACGAUUCCCAUAUCACUUGCUCUUUAUACCAAACAGAGCUAAAUAUAACUUUUUGUUCCAUAGGAAAAAAUAAUAGAAUUUAAGGAAAUACAACAUGUUCCACUUAUCAAAUACAGAGUCAAUGUAAAUACUUAAGACUGGUUGUAAUAAUGAGGACGUCUUAACAAUCUGAAAACACACAAUUAUUGUAUAUAAACAUGUGUACAUAUAUGUAUUUGAUGUUCAAAGUGUAUAUUUUAACAAGUCUGAUAUAUAUAUGUUUUAUAAAUGUAA